AUGAGAAACUUAAAUAUCGGUGAUGGACUCGUGAACGGCACCAAAGUCAUUGUGACGGCGAUCAGCAGCCGACUGAUCACCGUCAGACUUAUCGGCAACACGCAACCUAUCGGAAUUCCCCGGAUUACGUUCAGGUUCGCGUUUGCCGAAGGAUCGCCGCUCCGGGUUUGUCGCCGUCAGUUCCCCCUCAUGUUGGCGUACUGCAUGACUGGUCACAAGAGCCAAGGCCAGACAAUUGAGUACGUCGGAGUCGACCUGAGAACGGACUGCUUCACUCAUGGCCAGCUCUACGUCCUGUUGAGCAGAGUGAGACGUCCAGACGACAUCGUCGUUCUUGUACCAGACGACAGAAUAGUAGAAGGAGUUCUUUGCAUAGCAAAGAAUAUUGUAUAUGACGAGCUCCUUCUAAACACUGAUUAA